AUGUGGACUCGACCGCGCGACUACUCCAACGGCAUCUCGCUCAACGGCACAGACGCCGAGCGCUCGCACGCAUCCCCGUGGGGAAAGACUAUCUGGAACAACUCCAUCGGCUCGUUUGGGCUUGGCUCCGCUGGCAGAGACAACUCGCGUCCCCGAGAGAACGGUGCCUCAGCAGACUUGGUCGAAGGCAAAACCGGCUCAGGUUCCCUUCUCGCCAACUCAGAGACCGAAUGGAGACCCACUGCCCGACCUGCUUGGGGUGAACACCGAUCCGGCAGCAUACCGCACGCCAGGAGCUCCGGCGUAUCACCAGCCCGGAAGCGAUCUGUCGCUCAAGCGCCCGUCCAGCAGUACAGCGACAACUCGCCCUCAUCCUUCUUCCCCUCUGCGAGGGGCUCGCUGGCAGGCCAAGGCUCACACGCGAGACCGGUGAAGCCAUUCCUUGACCCCACCACCUCCACCUUCACUUCGCACCAGAUUGACUCCCUCAACACUGGUUUCACCAACUUUGGAUUCGGCCAGACAGACGCCGCAUCCCAGCGCCCCGACACCGGCGUCACAUCGUGGCCAGACACAGGCUCAGUCCACUCCCCAAGCGAGGACCGCCGGAGCGUAGCAAACUCAGAGUACUUUGCGUCCUCUAGUGGAGCUGGUUCACAAAAUGGAAGUCUGCCUCCGUCCCGGCACGGUGCUGAACCCGCACCCUUCGGCCAGGCAGCAGAUGCCUUUUCUAGGUUCUCUCAGCUUCCCCGUCAAGCAUCGUCCUUCUCCAUGGCCAGUGGCCGUGCUUUCCAAGAACGAAGCGGGUCGAUACAAAGCGAGUCGUUUGGCACGUUCGGAAGGCCGAGCCACGAGCAAGAGCAGGACGUGCGCAUGGGACCGAAUAGGUCGUUUAGCAUCAACGCAUUCACGCCAGCAGCGACACCCGGGCAGGACAUGAACGGUGCGCUCUCCAGGGCAGAUGACGGCAACUUCAGCAAUGCAGGCACAUACACCCCAGAUGGUUACCCCAACCACCAGCUCAACUCGCAGCUACGUUCCUCUCAGCUUGACAACAGUCGGAGUGUGCCGAACGGUACUGGCGUUCGUCAGAGUCCGUUCUACUCUCAGAUGAGCACACCACCUGUGUACGACCGUCUCAACCCGUACACCAGCGAGCAAAUGUUGGCGCAUCCCAACAGCGUCACGCAGCUCCAGAACAAACUCGCUGGAUUCCAGAUGGCGCAACAGGAACGGCGUAACUUCAUCUCUCCCAGCCAACUUCACCAGCAACAGUAUCAGCACCUCUUUCCCGCAGCUCAGCUGCAAAACCCAUACCAGUAUCAGUAUGGUCUCCCCAACGGCCUGCCCCUUUCCGCUAUACCACAGCACAUGAACGUGCCUUCGAUGCAGCCCAUGCAGCCUGUCCAACAGCAGCCGCCCAGGGGUCCUCGGGAGCAGCAGGUCGGUGAUGGGCUCGGCGCUAUGAGCAUUGAACUGUCCAACUUCAAGAGAGAGCAAAAGCAGAGCAAGCGAUGGGAGCUUACCGACAUCAAAGGCCAUGUGGUGGAGUUUGCCGGAGAUCAACAUGGCUCCCGCUUCAUCCAGCAGAAGCUUGAGUCGGCCAACAGCGAAGUCAAGGAGAGCGUCUUCAGAGAGCUUGAAGAGAACGCGUUGCAGCUCAUGCAGGACGUUUUUGGCAACUACGUCAUUCAGAAGUUCUUUGAGCAUGGAGACCAGGUCCAAAAGAAGAUUCUUGUUGCAAAGAUGAAGGGCCACGUACUUGCGCUUGCCAACCAGAUGUACGCUUGCAGAGUAGUUCAAAAGGCACUUGAGCACGCACUUACCGAGCAGCAAGCUGAAAUGGUCAAGGAACUUGAGAAAGACGUUCUCAAGACGGUGAAGGACCAGAACGGCAAUCACGUCAUCCAGAAGGUCAUUGACCGCGUACCGAUGCAGUACAUUCAGAAGGUGGUCGAGGCUUUCAGAGGCAACGUCGGCGUACUCUCGGUCAACUCGUACGGAUGCCGUGUCGUUCAGCGACUACUUGAGAAGGUACCGGAGCCACAACGGAGAUUCAUCCUGAACGAGCUACACGCAGAGGGACCCAAGCUCAUCACCGACCAAUACGGCAACUACGUCACUCAGCAUGUCAUCGAGCACGGCUUGCCUGAAGACAGGGCUAAGAUCGUGGCUUUGAUCAAGGCGCAGUUCCUCCUGUUCUCGAAGCAUAAGUUCGCCAGCAACGUCGUCGAGCAGUGCCUCAAGUGCAGCGACGAUGCGCAACGUCGUGAGCUUGUAUCGGUCAUCCUUGCCAAGAACGAGCGAGGCGAGUCAAACGUCAUGAACCUUCUCAGGGACGGCUACGGCAACUAUGUCAUCCAAAAGAUGCUGGACACGCUCAACCGCGAUGACUACGAGAAGUUCGUCCAAGCACUCAAGCCUGAGCUUGAAAAGGCCAAGAAGGUCAUUCCCGGCAAGCAAUGUGUCUCGGUCGAGAAGAAGAUGUUCCGCUACGAUCGCAUCGACUCUCCGACCAUGCCCACACCCGCUCUCAGCAGCACUGCGCAGUCGCCGCAGAGCAGCUCCCACCCAAGCACGAACAACUCCACCGUCGACGAACCCGUACAUAGCGCGCUUGCGAAUGGCAAGUACAGCGCCGCCAACGCCACUGGCGGUGUCAGCAUCGAGGACACCGUCCUAUAG